UGCCAAACAUCUGCAAAGACAUCCACAGCACACUGAACACCAUUGGUCACCAAUAGCUCUCAACCCUACAUCAUACCAGCUACAUUGUUCGAUUGCUGUGCAAAAGACGUGUUGAAGCAUCAGCAGCUACGUUUAUAAAAAAUAUAUAUUUUAAUAUAUAAAUUAUUUAUUUUUAGCUAUUUAAAUUUUUUUAAUUUUUCGUUUAGAUUGUAUAUAUCGGAGUCAUUGGAUAAUGAAGGUCUUCAACAUGUUGGAUGAAAGGGCAAGGGACAGUCUGACAAAGCAUCCUUAGAAAUGUCUCGAUUCAGACGAGCGGAAACUUAUACUCUCAUCAAAUUGCAAUUUAAUCUAACUGAGGAUGAGGAAAAUUACGAAUGUUUGCAAGCGCCAGAUGAGAUAAUUGUUUUAGACACUACUGCUGCAUCAAGCCAGUCACAAGACAUAACGCUACAAGCGCCACUAUCGAAUUCCGAAAAUUUGGUUACACAUGAUGUCAAUGUGUUAUUCUCGAGCGGCUCCAUGGAUAUAAGUAAUUUAUGCAACUGGCCGCUAGAAGCUACACAUAGUCAAAGUCUAUAUAUAAGUCGAAAAAACGCAAUCAAAUUUUGCAAAGUUGUAAUGAAACUGAAUUUUUGUGAACCAGUAUAAAUGAUUUGCAACU